ACAGCUUCAGUUCGCGUUCGGCAGUCGGUCAGUAAAGUUCGGUUCAGUCACGUGAGCGGAAGUACAAGCUGGGAGAGUGUGAAAAGAGUGAAGUUACCAGUAGUGUGUCGUUACUUAACUAAUACGCAAUAAUGGGUAAAGGCCACUGUCUGACCCUGGCGGUGGUCUUUUGUUUAGUGCAGGUCUGCUACACCGAUGAUACCUCCGACAGCAGUAGGCCGGUAGUGACCCAAACUUGGGUCGAUAAGUUAAAAAAAGAUCUGCUGGCGAACUACGAUCGCAAUCUACGACCCACGCAGCACUUCAACGUGACAUCGGUCGAUCUGAAGAUGACUAUCCGUCACGUGGACAUCGACGAGGAAACAUCGAUCUUUUCUGUCUACGGAUGGGUGAAAAUGGACUGGACCGACGAUAAACUUAAGUGGAAUCCGGCACAGUACGGCAACCUGGACGUGAUUCGUACUAACCCGGACAGCGUCUGGCGGCCGGAUUUGGUACUGUACAACAACGCACGCGGUUCCGACAACCUCCACUACGGUAAAACCAACGUUCUGAUCUAUCACAAUGGCAAAGUGUUGUGGGUUCCACCGACCGACUAUCACAGUUUCUGUGAGCUGAACCUCCGUCUGUGGCCGUUCGAUUAUCAAACGUGCUUCUUGAAGAUCGGCUCCUGGACGUACGACGGUUUCAAGCUCAAUCUUACUGCCAGCGAGAAUCCGGAGAUCGACAUUUCGGUGCCCAACAACGAGUGGAGCAUCCGGAAAGUCACAACGGAUCGCAACAUUGUGUACUAUAAGUGCUGCACGGAACCUUACAUCGACAUCCAGUACAACAUAACCCUCCAACGGCACACUUCGACACACAAAGCCAUUGUAAUCAGCCCUGCCUUCGUGAUUAUGCUCCUCUCGCUGUCGGUAUUCUGGCUGCCCCCUCACUGUGGCGAGAAGAUCGUCCUCAACGCCGUCAUCAUUCUGAUUGUGACGAUUUUCCUCAUUUAUUUUGCGCAGCAAUUGCCGGCCAUGUCCGGGAACACACCCUUAAUCGUAAAUUUCUUCAGCACCACCUUGUAUUUAGUGGCCAUAAGCACCAUAACAUCGGUGAUCGUACUAAGACUGGCCCGCACCAGGCACUUCCAACCACCAUCGAGGGUGCUAAAAUCCCAGCUGGACGGCUGUCUGGGCUCGGUGCUGGGCGUCAGCAGCGGCAGCGGAACCUUGCCGAGCGACGAGGACAAAGAAGCCUCCGGUGGUGAGAAUAUUGGUGAUCCGAAGCAGCGCGACUGGCUCCGGGUGGCAACCCUUAUCGAUCGUCUCAUUUUCGUUAUCUACCUGAUUAUCUAUAUCAUUUCGAUUAUCUACUAUAGCCUAUGAAAGGCUACGUAAUCGCAGCCGCGAGCCAGUGUACGUGUGUUCAGCAUCAGCCUUCCGGUCCGGAGCCUUUCGGAAUCGCUUCACAAGUUGGUGUUAUCGUGUUUCCAUUAGAAUUUAAUUGCUACGAUUCAUUUAAAACAUAAACAAUGCUAAUCAACGCUUUUCUAAUAAAAUUACUCGAAUGCAAUAAA